UAGACUGCUAACUGCGUGGGAACAAUGGAAGACAGAAGGCGAACACACCUUCACUAAGACGAGGAGGCAGCGCCAGACGACGCCAACAUCUGCCAGUGGAUCGUAAAUUUGCCCAACUUUUCACUUCGGACACCGAAGACGAAGGAUUUACGAAUGAAGAAUAACUUCAGAAAACUUCGUGUCCUCGACCGUCAGGGACCGGGGAGAGGCCGCGUGGACCCCCACCACACCGUCUCCACUGCAGACCGGGGUGUCGAUGUCGACAGUCACCACGUUGACCGCCGCCGCGCUGUUCGUCUCCGUGCCGUUCUCCGCCGGGUCGCUGCCUUCACCGAUGUCUGGAUCGUCCUCCACCGCCGCCGCCGACCGUGUCGAUGAACGGGGCGAAGUCUUCCUUCGAGCCGCCGAUCGCUGGAGCACAGCAGCCAUGAAGAUAGCAUCUUUCAACAUCCAGAAGUUUGGAAGAAACAAAGUGUCCGAUCCAGAGGUCCUUCAAAUCCUUGUCCAGAUUAUCUCCCGCUAUGACAUCAUCUUGAUCCUGGAGGUGGUGGACAUCAGCGGGAGGUCGGUUGAGACCCUCAUGGAUGCACUCAACACGUCGGACACGGCCCAUCACUACACUCUGAAGAUCAGCUGUCGCCUGGGACGCUCCCGCUACAAGGAGCAGUUCAUGUUCCUGUACAGGGACGACUUGGUGGACCUGGUGGGCUCCUACCAGUUUGACGACCAGGUGACCGACGGCGGCGACGUUUUCGCCAGGGACCCUUACAUCCUGCGAUUUAGAUGCCACAACACAGUGCUGAAGGACCUGGUGAUGAUCCCAGUUCACACCAAACCAGAGGACUCUGAGACUGAACUGGACGAACUUUAUGACGUCUUUCAGCACAUGAAGAGGAAGUGGAGGACAGAUAACGUGAUGAUCCUGGGCGACUUCAACGCAGACGGCUCGUACGUUUCCGACCGCGACAUGCUGAAUAUCCGCAUCCGCAGUGACAAGAACUUCCACUGGCUGAUCGGAGACGACGUGGACACCACGGCGAGCACGGGGAACACACACACUUAUGACAGGAUCGUGGUGUACGGAGACGACAUGCUCAACGCCGUCGUGCCCGACUCCGCCAGACCCUUCAACUUCCAGAAGGCGUUUUGCCUCAGCAACGAGCAGGCACUGAAGGUCAGCGACCAUUACCCCGUAGAGGUGGAGCUCAAGUCUCUGACCAGACCACCACCGGAAACUCAAGGCCCACUGUUGGAUGGAGAGCUGCUGGAGCUGAAGAGAGGAAACCUGCUGCUGGAGAGGGAGAAGCUCAACCUGGAGAUCCAAAUCCUGCGCAUGAAACUGUCCAGGAUGACGCACGGCGACGAAGAGGCAAACCAACGGAGGCCUCCCAACUGUACUGUGAGCUCUCACCUUCACAUCAACAUGGAAUACCAAUAUCAAUGUGCUUCAAUUGGUGUCCACCACACAAGUCUGUCAAAAAGAAUGUGCCUUAAAGUUGUUUUUUCAAGGGUUUCAUUUUCAUUUUCAUUUAUUUAUUUAUUUCAGGCAAUGACAUAAAAAAAAAAAGUACAAGGUAGACAACACGUAAUAAUAUACAUUAAUAUAAUGAAAAAGGUGUCAGGUUUAAGCACCGAACUAUCUAUUAAACAGAACAAGAAGCAAGGAAUCAGGCAGAGACAGAGUUCAAUUUAGCUCAUGGGGAGAAUGCAUGGAGCUGCACUGUCAGGUUCAAACACUGAUGACAUCUAUUAAACAAGACAAGAGGCAAAGAAUCAAACAGAGACCGAAUUAAAUUUGGACUCAAUGUUGAGGAGAAACAUGGCGACUGUACUCUCUGUACAGUCUUCAACCACACUCUGCCAAAAGAUUUGACUUUAGAAUAGAAUAGAAAGUACUUUAUUGAUCCCUGGGGGAAAUUCAGCACCACAGUUCGCUCACAUCCAUUUUCUACUGCUUGUCCCAUAAUCAAUAAAAUAGUCAAUCUAUAUAAUAAUGUAUUUUCAAAGGAUUGCUUUGAUCUGAGACUUUAAAAUGUCUUAAUAGUACUGUAAUGGUCCCAAGAUUGACCCCUGAGGAACACCUUGACUGAGUAACAUUUGCAAACGAACUUAAAGGAGACCGAUUAUGCAAAACAAAUAAAUAAAUAACACCUUCUCUUACCUCUUGCUUGUAUUCUGACACGUAACUUUUGAAGGGAAGUGAACAACGUGAUGGAUCACCAAAGCAACUGUGUGGCAACUAUCUGAGUACGCAAGGGGCCUAGAUCUUACCACUAGAAGCAGAUACAAGCAAAUAAUCCAACUAUGCAAUGGAAUUUAUCCCUUUAUGUUCUCAAAAAAAUAUUUGUGGAGUGAUAUCAAGGAUUAUCCGUCGGUCACGUUCUCAGAUAUGUCAAACUAUUGUGCUCCAGACAUCAUUCUACAGAUGAAACUUGUAAAAUCAUGGAGGUCUACAACUUCUUUGUGUGAGUCUGGGUCAAGGAGGUUGGUAUCAACACUCUCCCGGAUAAAUAUGUAUCAUUUUUGCUUGAGUAAGGUUGUAUUUCAGGAUUUAACUUCACAUCUACAUAAGCUAUGUUUGUUGUUGUUGUUGU